AUGAUUUUACCUAGAAUUCAUGCACCAAACGGCUCAUCUGAUGUCAGUCCUGUUAUGCUGACCGACUCAAUUGGUCUUGAGCACAAUAUGCAGUUGUGGGAAGCAGCAGAUUCUUUUACUGAUUCCAAUGAAGGAGGCAAGAUACUCUCGGAGACAACCCCAAUCCACCAGCAGCUAGGUGAGGCUGAGUAUACAUUUAUUGACGCUGAUACAAGCUGGGUGUCCAUCGGUAGCAAAAAGUUGUCCGCCAUCGAUGGAUGGAAUGCCAAAAGUCCUUGUCGAAGUGUCACCAGUCAGACCAGCUCCCGCAGUGGCGAGCUGAGCGAAAUUGAUGACUGGGUCGAAGUGCUAUCUCCUGGGUUCACUGGGAGAAGCCUCGAUAACCUAAACUCGUUACAGAACUCUCCCACCUCACCUUGUUUUUAG